AUGUCAUCAUGUAGAAUUCCGUCAUUGGCCUUGCGCUGCAGUCAACCAGCUCUGUCGCGACCAGCCAACCUCUGUCGUCCCGUCGCAAAUCAACGAUUCUAUGCUGUUCAAGCUGCUGGAGCUCCCCGUUUCCAGGUCUUCAAUCGACGCACAAAAUGGCUUCAGAAGGAGCGUGCAGGCAUGAAUGCGGAGGAAAGUCGCGAAACCGAUUAUCUCAAAGAUGAGGUUGCCAUUCGAUUGUCAGAGCGGCUUCUGGAUAUCAAGCGUCACUUCCCUCGAGUGCUGGAUCUGGGUGCAAACUCUUGCAAUCUCGCGCGAGCGUUGGUUCGCGAUAAUCCUGAUCCUGAUCCCAAUGCGGUUGAGUCGCCGCCACUAUCAACGCAUAUUGACGAACUGGUUGCUGCUGAUUCCUCGUAUACACUCUUACAUCGAGAUGCCGAUCAUGAGUUCAAUAAGAAACUCAAGAUCACUCGGGAAGUUGUAGCUGAUGAAGAGACAAUUCCUUAUGAACCCUCCUCAUUCGACCUUGUCAUGAGUUCGCUGAGUAUUCAUUGGAUCAAUGACCUACCUGGUAUUCUCACCCAAAUCAACCAUGUCCUCAAGCCUGACUCGCCUUUCAUUGGAGCUAUGCUUGGAGGCGACACGCUCUUCGAGUUGCGAACAUCGUUGCAACUAGCAGAAUCAGAAAGACGAGGUGGCAUGUCUCCUCGAGUUUCUCCUUUGGCUGAUGUCAAAGACAUUGGUGGUCUGCUCCAAAAGGCUGGCUUCAAGAUGCUGACUGUUGACAUUGAUGAUAUCAUUGUUGACUACCCUGAUAUGUUCGCUCUCAUGCAAGACCUCCAGGCCAUGGGAGAGGGCAAUGCGGUCAUUGGAAGAGAGAUGGGUGCGAUCCAACGAGAUGUUCUUCUCGCUGGCGAUGCCAUCUAUAGAGAACUUCACGGUAACCCAGAUGGGACUAUUCCUGCUACCUUCCGAGUUAUUUACAUGAUCGGAUGGAAGGAGGGUGAGAACCAACCACAGCCUCUAGCUAGGGGCAGUGGUGACAUAAACUUGAAGGAUGUCUUGGAACAAAAAUAG